AUGUGGUUUUCGGCCUUCAAGACCAUCGGCGAGGGCGCAUAUAUGGCCGAGAAGGCCGGUGAACCAAACCCGUGGGAAAUAGAGAGCGGCAACUGUCUCAUGGAGAUCAAAGCCAGACUGUACCACGACCACUCGAAGGGCUAUUUCUGCGAGGCGGCCGCGUCGCCGCCUUCCCCGAGCGGCGACCGCGACGAGCAGGCCUUCACGACGGAAUCGUAUGACUGCUCCAUGAACUCGCUCUGGGAAUUUGAAUUUCCCGACGCGCCGGACCGUAAAUCCGCCGGGACAGUACGGGUCGUCUGGACGGCAGAAGGCGGCAAGGACUACACGGACGAAGAUGGCAAGAAGCAGAAGUAUAAAAAGAGAGAUGGCUUGGAUAGGCCUGGGCUGCUGUUCGAGGACCUGGAGACGGACCAUGCCAGCAAAACCAACGGCAAGAAGCACUUCUGCAACUUUGAGCGUUAUGAUGAUAUGUGGAACUCUUACCGAUGUGGUGUCCCGUGUAAGGAUGCCGACCAGAAUGCUGACGCAUCCAUCUGGGUGAACGGUGGCUAA